AUGACAACUGAAUUUGACCCCAUCCGCAACACUCGCACUGUGCUUGGUCUAGGAUUCGCCGGUGCAGGCAUUGUGCACUUUGCCCAUCGGGAAUUCUUUAACCAGCUCGUUCCGAAAUCACUUGCAGAAUAUGCUAGAACAAUAAACGUUGUCACCGGCAUUAUUCAAAUAUCAGGCGCAGUUGCUCUGUUCAUUCCAAGGCUACGGAAUGUUGCACAAUGGUCGAAUCUUGCGCUGCUGGUGCCGACAUUACCAGCGACUAUAAACCAAGUAUUGCAUCCGGAAAGCCUUGAGAAAGUCGGGAUUCCACCUCAGCUUACAAUAGUCCGCGUAUUCGCGCAAUUGUGCGUUAUCCUAGUGGUAUGGAGGGCUACACGGGCCGUUUUACCCACAGCUAAUACACGCAAUGGAACCAUCCAAGGCACUCAACUCCCCUCUUUCCAGCAGGAUGUCUUCCUUGGGGUUCCUUACGCCCAAGCCCCGCGACUAGACAAUCCCAAGCCAAUCAAUGUUACCUACAAUGAUGACACUCCGUUUGACGCUUCUCACUACGGAAACACAUGCUACGGGUUCGGCUCCAACGAAAUUUAG